UAACCUCAAUGCGCACGUUUUGUUGACAUUGUCAAUAUUAUAAUUAUUUAAUUUGUUUAGCUUUCCGAAUCCUGGUAUUGUUUAACGUGUUUUAUGAUAAUAAGGACAAAUGGGUAGAAGAAAAGGAAAAUGUGUAAAAAAGAAUUCUACGAAAGAGGCAUUGGAGCCCGAGCACUUGGUUAAGGCACCGCAUUCAUUUGUAAUACAUAGAGGGAACUGCUCUAAAGAUCUAAUGGAUCUCACUAAAGAUUUUAGGAAGAUCAUGGAACCAUUUACUGCGUCACAAUUAAAGGAGCGAAAAAGGAACACCAUCAAGGAUUUCUUGUCCAUCUCUAGUUACCUUCAUGUGUCCCAUUUGAUGACAUUUACAGAAACUGACCAGGGUUCUUAUAUGAGAAUGGCAAGACUACCCCGGGGACCAACACUUACUUUUCGGAUACAAAAUUACAGCUUGGCAAGAGAUAUAGUGUCUUCACUUCGGAAACAAUAUGUGAAUGCUCGUUCAUUUCAACAUGCUCCUCUAAUUGUGUUGAAUAGUUUUUCGGGAGAAGGGAUGCACAUGAAACUGAUGGCAACAAUGUUUCAGAAUAUGUUUCCUACCAUCAAUAUCACAACAGUUAAAUUAAAAAAUAUAAGACGAUGUGUUCUUAUGAAUUACAAUCCAACAACCAAACUUAUAGAUCUAAGACACUAUGUUAUUCGUGCUAUACCAGUUGGACUUAAUAAAGGCACAAAAAAGAUGGUUCAGGGAAAAAUUCCCAAUCUAAAUAAAUGUAAGGAUAUGUCGGAGUUCUUUGACAAAGCUGCUCUUCUAUCGGAGAGUGAGUUUGAAGAUGACGACAACCAAGUCACAUUGCCACAGAAUCUAGCUGCAAGAGGUGCUUCUGUUAACUCCAAGAGUGCUCUCAAAGUAGUUGAGCUGGGGCCAAGGAUGUCACUGCAGUUAAUCAAGGUUGAAGAUGGCCUAAUGGAUGGAGAAGUGUUAUUCCAUGAACUUGUCGAGAAAACAGAAGAAGAAAAAGCCCUAAUUAAAAAGAGAAGAGAUGAAAAAAGACGGUUGAAAGAGAAACGUAAAUCGCAACAAGAGGAGAAUGUGAAGAAGAAACAGAAACAGAAAGAAGAACUCAAACAGAAGUCGCUCGAAGGAAUCAAGAAGAAAAUGGAAACAACUGAAAAUCAAAGAUUGAUGGAGUUAGCGGCCGCGGAGUCGCAAAACGGCGAAUACCAGGAGGACGAUGACGACGCAGAUUACUACCGACAGGAAGUCGGAGCAGAACCCGAGAAAGAUCUCUUUACGCAAGAUCCAUCUAGGAAAAGGAAAUCGGAUGGUGAGCAGCCUCGUGGUUUUAAGAAGAUGAGGCUGGACAAUAAGAUUAAGAAAAGGUUCCAAAACCAUCAGGACACUGACACAAACUCAGAAUUUAAAGGAAAGAAAAACUUCCGCAACGACGGAAGAUUUGAAAAUAGAGGUGAAAGGAAAUUUAACAAACAAGAUGGCAAAUUUCAAAAUAAGAGUGGCGGCAAAUUUCAAAAUCAAAAAGGCGGCAGGUUUCAGAAUAAAGAUGGCGGCAAAUUUCAAAAUCAAAAUGGCGGCAGGUUUCAGAAUAAAGAUGGCGGCAAAUUUCCAAAUAGAGAUGGCAGGAGUUUUCCUAAAAAAGAUUACAAAAAUAAUAAUCCCAAAGGCAAAAAAGUGUUCGGCAGUAAAAUAAACAAAAGCAGUAAAUUUAAUAGAAGUAAACAGAGCAAAGGAAAGAGGUGAUAGUAUUGUAUGAAUAUAAUAAUAUUGUUUGUUUACGUGCCUUUUAACAUAUUAAAGUUAUAUGUUUAAACCAAGUAA